AUGUAUAUCAAGGAUACUUGGAACUUUGGAGCCCAUCCACCGCUCACCUGUAUUCGUAAGCACCAGCGAACGCUGACGGUCGAGGUUGGGCAGCCUUUGAAGAAGUUUAGGUCCUCGAAGCAACUUACGAGAGUUGUCUAUGAGGCAUUUUUGGCUCAUGAAGAUGCCUUCACAUUGUGCGAAAUUCUUCAUCGUGAUGUUAGUGGGGGGAAUAUUUUGAUCGUAUAUGACAAGGAAACACCGGAAGAUGACCACGAAGGCGGGGGUCGUGGUUUGUUGAACGAUUGGGACAUGGCUAUUCGCAUGGCAGACUUGGACAAACCAGCGCGACAAGUCGAGCGCACGGGCACCUGGCAAUUCAUGUCCAUCGGUCUUCUUAGAAAUAGAAACAAGAAACACGAAGCACAAGACGACUUCGAAUCUUUUAUAUAUGUAAUGCUGCACCAUGGCCUCCGCUACAUGACCCACAGUGCAGUUGGUCCCGGUCUGCGGAACAUCAUUUCCUCUAUCUUCGAUAUUGCCAUAGAUGUUGGGAAUGGACAAUGGGUCGGGGCCCUCGGAAAGGGAGCUUUAGUGCAUGGUUUGGGACCCCUACCCCAAGAUUUUCACUUCGCUUGCGGUCCGUUCAAUCAGUGGAUCAAACAUACAAUCCAUGCCAUUAAGCAAUGGCAAACUGCCCAAGCACAACAGCCAGAGGUUAGCGCUGUCGCCUUGGACACCGAACCCGCUAUCGAUUUGAACAAGAAGCCUGUUUUUCACGAUCACAGUCGUCUCCGCGACUUUUGGCAAGCAGUACUGGAGAUGGAUGGAUGGCCCCGUAAUGAUCGCGCAAGGUAUCAGCUGGAGCCCAGAGGCAACAAGCGGCCAUCCGAGGACAGUGCCCAGCCUGCACCCAAGAGGCGAAAGUCAGGACGCUUCACAGCUGCGGCUGCCUCAGGUAAUGCGGCAACUCCAGCUUAGGGUGCUCGUUGUUAGACUUCCGACAGUAUGGAUUGUCGGGAUGUUCUCGUGCACAUUACUUUACACAGAUAGUAAGCCAUAUAUUGUAGAGUACACAUACCAUUGUAUUUCUAUCCUACUUGUAUACUUUUCAAAAACCUUUUCACGCCGGUCCCGUGUAU